UCCACCUUCCCCUCCUCCUCGGAGGUGGAAGGAGUCGGCCGGUCCAUCGGACUGUUCCUCAUGCUGCUCAUCAACGUGCUCGGCCUGGUGGGCAACCUGGCCGUCUUGGUGGUGAUCGUCAAGACCCCCGAGCUGAGGAAGUUCCUCUUCGUCCUGCACCUGUGCCUAGUGGACCUGCUGUCGGCCACAACCCUCAUGCCCCUGGGCAUAGUCCUGAGCUCUGCCCUCUUCGCCCAGGUGGCGGUCAGCGAGGCUCUCUGCCAAGCCUACGUGUUCCUCGAGAUCUGCUUCAGCAGCGCCUCCAUCCUGACCAUCACCGCCAUCAACAUCGAGCGCUACUACUACAUCGUCCACCCGCUGAGGUACGAGGUGAAGAUGACGGUCGGCCUGGCCGUCUCCGUGCUGGUCAUCGUGUGGGUCAGCGCCGUGCCGACCUCCUCCAUCCCGCUGAUCGGCUGGAACCCGCGGGUCAACGCCUCCUCCUUCUCCUCCUCCUCCUCCUCCUCGCCCCACGCCAGCAGCCGCACGCGCUGCUCGGUCCAGCGGGACUCGGGGGACUACGGGAAGGCGCUCGUGCUCGUGUUCGGCCUGUCCUGCUUCAUCCUGCCCACCCUGGUCAUCUUCGCCGUGUACGGCAGUGUGUUCAAGGUGGCCCGGAUCAUCGCCCUCCAGCGCGGGCCCCUGCCCGCCUCCUGGGUCGCCGCUAGCCCCCGCCACAGGUCGGACUCCACCGCCAGCCAAGUCACCAUGGUGACUGGUGGCGCCAGCCGGAGGCGGCACUCCCCGGACGUGGGCUUUGGGGGAGGGAAGGCUGCCAUCACCCUCCUCACAGUGGGAGGGCAGUUUCUGGUCUGCUGGAUGCCGUACUUCGCUUAUCACCUCCGCACCGUGCUGACCGUCACCGAGCUGCCCCCGGAGCCCUGGGAGACUGUGGUCACUUGGCUCGCCUUCUUCUCUUUUGCUGCCAAUCCUUUCUUCUACGGCUACCUCAACCGGCAGAUCAGGAGCGAGCUCACCCGGUUGCUCAAAUGCUUCCUUAAGCAAUCGCUGGACAACCAAUUGGGUCCCUCGAGUCGCGAGGGGUCCAUGGACGAGAACUUCCUCCAGUUCCUGCAGAGGACCAGCCACCCAGCAGACAGGAGAGCCGGCUGUUUGCCCACAAGUCCCAGGACCUUGCUGAACCAAAGCACAAUGAGUUUCCGGAUCCCCGGGCAGAUCGUCGAGGAGAUACCUGAGAUGAUGGAGCAAGAGACUGGAGAGGACUUGGCAAAGGUCCACACUCUCCUCAGGCAGGAAACGUGA